AUGGGGGACAGCGAUACACCGUGCGCAAUAGGCAUGGCAGGUGUGCCUGUCAAGCUUGGCGGUCACGCUGAUCUCCGAUUUGAGGUUGGUUCGCCCACCCUGUACCAGCCUUUCUAUUUUACGGAAUCUGCGUGCGUUCCUAGUGAGGCAGAAGCCUACAAUAUUAUCUUGGGCAACGGCCUUCUUAGUCGCUUGCCACCGUGGAGUAUAAAUUGUAGAAACCGUACAUUUUAUAUGGCCGAUCACCAAGUCAGCAUCUCAUGCAACGCUCCGGCACCAGACCCCGCCAACCUUAUAAACGGCGCUGAAGAAAUUCCCGUGUGCGUCGCCGAGACUACAGUCUUGACGCCUAGCGCGGAAACUGUUGUCCCUUGCUAUUCUGAAGUUGCGGACCAUUCCCCACUUGUUCUCGCCGCUCAAUCCAUCCACCUGAGUGAUCGCUCGCUAAUGGUCUCCCCGGUGGUCUUUAACGCAGGUGCGACGCGAUUGCUGGUCUCUAACCCCUCGGCCAAGACCGAGAUCCUAUGUAAGGGCCAGCAGGUUUCCUCCGCCGUGCGGAUCGACGAAGACGCCACUGUGGAGACUUUCGCUAUAGCUACGUUUCCUCCCUAA